AUGAGGAGCGGCAACGGCUCCUGUCAGGCUCUGGUCGCCAUGAUGGCGGCAUCAAGUGCGGCCGAAAGGUCUCGCUUGACUCGGAGUGCGCGGGCGCACGUGCAUGGCGUGUGGGAAGGGUUCCACCACGUGCUCAAGGAGACGCUCCCGACUCUGCAGGAGAGGAUGGAUGUAGGGGAGGUGGAGAGAAUUUCAAAGGAUCAGUGGGCUAUGCUUAUGUGUUUUAGAGAGCUCUUCGACCCGCACUACGAACUAGAGAUGAGGAUCUCGAGGCUGAGUUUCCAGAGAGCGAUGAGGAGGUCGAGGAUAACGGUGAGCGAGGGCGCGAGCGACUCUCUGUUCAACAAAGCCAUGUUCAUCGAUUGGCGGAGAUCGCAGAUGAGGACAAGGAGAAUCACGGAGAGAGAGAAGCUAGACUGGAUGCGAGGCAUCAAGGCAACCGCCAAGCAAGAAGUGAGCAUGUGGAGCGUCCUGUACCUGUUCCAAGAUACGAUUGACAUCACAAGUUUAGAAAAAGCUCUGGGCGAGGAUUCUCAGAGACAGAAGCAGAUCAAGAAGCCUGUCGACGCUGAGACGCAAGUCUGUGAUGAAGACUGGCAUCUCGUCUCGGAGGCAUCCAGGGGUCAGAGCUUCCUGGCUCUUGUCAAACAGCCCGACAUGGCAGUCAAGCGUUGUCGGUUGGCAUGUUUGCAUGCAAGGAUGCUCCACAAGCUUCCGGAAAACACGGCUGUCAUACCGGUCGCUCAGUGCUUGAAACUUCUCCAUGAGUGGUGGUUCGUGACGGGCACCAGCGAUCCGGGAGUCGUCGGCGAAUCGGAGGUCGAGGAGGAGGAGGAAACGGAGGAGCUGAACAGAAGAGCACAAGAGAAUCGAUCGAUGUUCGAUCAGGAGAAGGGUGGAGAGUUCGAGGCAGAUCGCUCGGAAGAAUCGAUGUUGACGACGCUGCGGGGGCAGCGCUACGGAUACAUGUUCGCACGAGCCCCAAUGCGCCUUCCCCAGAUGAAGCUGCAGAGGAUCGCAAAGGUGAAGCGGAGGCUCGAGGCGCUAGCAGGGUUGGAUGACGAUGAAGAGGAGAGUGCGGAGGAGAUGGACUUGUUCGAUCGUUCUUGA